AUGUUCAAGCAACUUUUCCUCCAACGGUUGCCUCCUUCUGUGCAAGCCAUCCUUGCGCCUAACAUUCCUUCGUCGACUGUUCAGAUGCUCGCGGAGACUGCUGACCGUAUACUCGAGUACUACCAGCCUCCUGUUACGGUUAACGUCGCUAGUCGAAGCACAACUGUCCCCACAAUCGAGGAUGUCGUCAAACGCCUGGAUGCCCUCACUCUCGAAGUUUCCCAGCUCCGGGCCACUCGCGUCUAUAACCCUCGUAGUCCUGCAAUUUCUCGCCGCCCGAGAUCUUUCACUCCAAACAAACCUACAGUUGAUGGUUUCUGUUGGUAUCAUCACAAUUAUGGUUCUAACGCCCAUCGCUGCCACUCUCCGUGCAAAUAUAAAACACCCGCGUCGGAAAACUCCCCUGCCGACCAGUAA